CCCGCCCCUGGACAUCAAGUUAAUUUCCAGCCUUUCAAACGCACCACCACAAUGGCAGGUACAGGUCCGAGGGAGAAUGUCUUUGCAACGCGAAUGGCCCUUACGAACACCAAACUCCGUUUAAAGGGAGCUCAAACUGGACACUCGCUGCUAGCAAAGAAAAGGGAUGCACUCACGACGAGGUUUAGGGCGAUUCUCAAGAAAGUUGACGAGGCGAAACGGAAGAUGGGACGAGUCAUGCAAUUAGCUUCACUUUCGAUGGCAGAGGUUACUUAUGCGACAGGGGACAUAUCAUACCUCGUCCAGGAGCAAGCUAAAUCAGCAUCGUUCAAAGUCAGAUCCAAGCAGGAGAAUGUAUCUGGCGUUGUAUUACCGGUGUUUGAGGUUGAUCGUGUCGCCGGUUCUGAUUUCAAUCUCACCGGGUUGGGUCGCGGUGGACAACAAGUACUGAAGGCUAAAGAAGUUUACGCAAAGGCGAUUGAGACUCUCGUAGAAUUGGCAUCUCUUCAGACAGCUUUCACGAUCCUCGAUGAGGUGAUUCGUGCGACAAACCGGCGGGUCAAUGCAAUCGAGCACAUCGUCAUUCCUCGUCUUGAGAACACGAUCAAAUACAUCAUGAGUGAGCUGGACGAGAUGGAUCGUGAGGAAUUUUUCAGACUCAAGAAGGUGCAAGGAAAAAAGAAGAGAGAUGCAACACGAGUUGAAGCUCAAGAGAUGGAAGCAGAAAAAGAAUUAGACCCCAUGCCAGCAGCCCCCGACGAGGCAGAAGACGAGACAGAAGGGGGAGGAGACUUGCUCAGUAGCAAAGACAACGACAUUAUUUUCUGAUCAAACGAACAGCUACUUUGACGGACCUUCCACGAUAUGUUUGUACCACCAUGACACCCUGUAAUGUUUUCGCAAUAACGCCGUAGUCGGAACGCAGCUCUUCUCAGCGAGAUCGAACCAUGUACACAUCUGAGCGAGGUAAAAUACGAGUACAGCUGCGGACGAAAACACACAUGGAGCAAGCGGGAAAUUGUUCUGGGUUGGAUGACCUGACCUGGAUUCAAAGAGGUUCUG